AUGAGAUCGCCGUCAGAGGGUGGGUCAGCCUUUGUGUGCGCCCUGGGUAAAUAUGUGUAUCAGCCCAUGACCCCCGUAGAACAGCUUCCAAGCACCGAGAUUCCUGCCAAACCCCGAGAGCCCACCAACACCAUUCAGAUCUCCGUCUCCCUCGUGGAACACUUCUUGAAAUUUGCAUCCGUCUUCCGGCCUCCCCUGCCCCGUGACUCCCCGAGGUAUUGCACGAUUUCCGACCUCUUCAUCGACAGCUAUCAAGUCAAGUGCAUCAAUGGAAAGAUGUGCUAUGUGCAGAAGCAGCCCCUGGCCCACCCCCACCCCACGAGCCCCGAGGAGGUCUCUGCACACGAUGCCUUAAUUUCAAAAGAGAGCAAUACACCAAAAAUAAAUCACUGCUCUUCUCCUUCGACCUCUGAGGACUCGGGGAUCAAUGCGAUUGGGGCUCACUACAUGGAAUCCUGUGAUGAGGACACAGAGGAAGGGGCAGAGCUGAGUUCAGAAGAAGAUUACAGUCCAGAGAGCAGCUGGGAGCCAGAUGAAUGCACCCUUCUGUCUCCGUCCCAGUCUGACUUGGAAGUCAUCGAAACAAUAGAAACCACCGUGUGAGACACUAGCAGGGAACCGCAGCACAGGGAUUGUUGCUGGAGAAGCUUUGGCCACCACCUCUAAUCCAUUUCUCCCCUCCACCGCAGUGGACAUUUUAUACUGUGUCCCGAACCUCCGAGAACUUGUAACGCCCUCCGUGGGUCCCCUGGUUCGCUUCUCUGCCUGACAGAGCACUCUCUCUGAAGCUUAUAAUCACAUUCUAGUUUUCUUACUUUACAGUUAUGUUUGGUGUCCCACGUUGCGGCCCUCUCUUAUUUAGUCAUGAUUACAAAGCAUCAUGAAGACUUUUAUAAGAACUCCUUGAGUGCAAAGGAGACAUUGUGUAUCCUUUACAUGGUCAGCCUUCUGGCCUCAUCUCGCUACUUAUCCACGAUGUGAUCCCAGUAAAUAGCCAUUCACCCUGCCCUCUUCAUCCCCAAAGCUAGUUCUAUUCUAGCCAACCUGUUUUGUUCCAGUCACUCCUCCCUCCCCCAAAGGCCAUGUUGGUUUUCAAAGUGGCACCAAGAUGGUGUUGGGGGCCUAGAGCCAAGUCCCGUAUCUGCCAUAGUAGAGACCAGCCAUAGCUGGUCAUUGAGCUAGGUCCUGACCAGCUCCUGGAGAGGUAAGAGGGACAGUAGAAGGUGGAUAUCUGGGAUAGACAUCUGUUCCCCUGGCUGCAAUCCAUACAUGUCACCUCAUGUUCCAUAUGGGAAUAUGGGGGUGGGGGAGAGCCCUGUCCGGACCGCUAGUGUCCCAGCAAGAACCACAUUUGUCUUCUUGACCAAGCAGAACACAUAUCCUUAGAGUAAUAUAACCCUAGUCUUUGCUAAUUUUGGAGAAAGUGGACAGUGGUGAAUCUUAAAUCUUUGUAUAUUUCUAAGGGCUUGGCUGCCCAGUAUCAUCCUGGCCUCUCUCUUCUUUCCCCUUAAAAUCUUGGGAAGAAUUUUUAGGAAGCUGUUUAGGUGCACUUAGCUUUCAUGAUUCAUAGAUUCACAGAGGUCAAAAGGGCCUUAGAAGUCACCAAUCUAACCUCCUGCAUUUGAUGGAUAAGGAAACAGAGGCUCUGCUUUGGCAAAGCAACCGGCCCAGGUCACAGCUAUUUAAUGGCAGAACUAGUCCCAGGGCCUUUCUUCUGCCCCCUAUUAGAAUUUAUCCAUGAAAUGUAAAAUGAAUAAGCCUAAGUGGGCACAGCCAUGAGGAGGUGAGGAAUGAAUCCCAGAGGGCUGAUCUAACCCUACUUCAUUGGAUAAUAAUGGGAAGAUUGAAAACAGCUUUGGUGAAAUUAAGACAAAGCAGUUUGAUGCAUGGAAUUUUAAUGCAAAUUCUAAAACCAUUAAAAUUGUGUUCUGAGAA